AUUAGUUGUACCUCCAAGAAAACAGAUGGCUGCCCCCAAUACACAACAAAAUGAUGCUUCUUUCCAAAAAGACUAUGACAAACAGAGUGAACUAAAAGCCUUUGAUGACACAAAAGCUGGAGUCAAAGGUCUUAUUGAUGCUGGAAUUACAAAAGUACCUCAAAUAUUCAUCCAUCCAGAAGCCUUAGAAAAAAAAACCUCAAUAAAUCCCAAUAAAACACAUUUCACUUUCCCAUUAAUAGACCUCCACAACAUCAACAAAAAUCCAAUCAACCACAAAGAAAUAGUCAAACAAAUUCAAGAAGCAUCAGAGACAUGGGGUUUCUUCCAAGUGAUCAAUCAUGGUGUUCCAGUGUCAGUCCUCGACGAAAUGUUGCGUGGGGCACGACGUUUUCACGAGCAAGGUGUCGAUAUCAAGAAGCCAUACUACAGUCGAGAUGUUGCGAGGAAGGUGAUGUACAAUUGCAAUUUUGAUCUGUUUAGUCAUAAAGCUCUUGCAGCAAAUUGGAGAGACUCGCUUUAUUCUGUUAUGGCUCCUAAUCCUGCUAUGCCUGAGGAAUUACCUGAGACUUGCAGGGAAAUUACAAUUGAAUACUCAGAUCAUGUGACGAAAUUGGGAUACACAUUGCUUGAAUUAUUAUCAGAGGGUCUUGGUCUCAAACCUAACCAUCUCAAAGAAAUGGGCUGUGCUGAGGGACUAGGCAUUUUGUGCAAUUACUACCCUUCAUGCCCACAACCAGAACUUGCAAUUGGCUCAAGUAAACAUGCUGAUAAUGAUUUUUUCACAGUGCUCUUGCAAGAUGAUAUUGGUGGACUUCAAGUUUUUCAUGAGAAUCAAUGGGUCGAUGUUCCUCCUACUCAUGGAGCUUUAAUUAUCAACAUUGGAGACAUUCUUCAGCUUAUAUCAAAUGAUAAGUACAAAAGCAUAGAGCACAGAGUAUUGGCAAAUAAAAUUGGUCCAAGAAUAUCAGUAGGAAGCUUCUUCAGCACAGGGCCAUUCACAUCUUCAAGGAUUUAUGGACCAAUUGAGGAGUUAUUAUCAAAAGACAAUCCUCCAAAGUAUAGAGCAACUACAAUGAAGGACUUCUUUGAAUACUCCAGCAAAAAAGGACUUGAUGGCAAUUCUAAUUUGUCUCACUACAAAAUAAUCUGAACUUAGAUCUGGAGUUGAAAUAAGUGGGGAUUUAGUAGCUCAGUUGAUUGGCUACCUGAACUCUCACCUUGUUGGUGAGGGUUCAAAUCCCCAUAUUGUAAUCUUCUUUCCCUACCCACUAUGUAAUAAAAAAUAUUUAAAAAAAAGAGUUGAAAUAUGUACUCUUCCGUCCCAAUUUAUAUGGCACAGUUCGAAUUUCGAGA